AUGGACCAGUCACAACCAAAAACCCCACUAGCAUUGAUCCCCCCGCUACGAUUCUCGACAAUCCACCCCAAUAUCCACCGAGGGUCGUAUCCUCGCAAGGAGAACUACCGAUUUCUUCGGCGAUACAAAAUCAAAACCAUAAUCUCAUUGACCCCCAACCCCAUCACUCGUGAUACCGAUGCUCCGUUGCUCGAGUUUCUCCAAAAGGAAAAUAUCAAAUUGAUUCAUAUCGAAGUAGGCAAGGGCGGCAAGGGCAAAAAGCGACGGGUGCCGUUGACUCACGAUAUGGUGAUUGGGGUGAUCGAGGCGAUGAUCGAUGCCAAUAAUGGUCCAGUGUACAUGCACUGUCUUAACGGAUGUCAUGUUACGUCGUUGGUGGUGGCGUGUUUCCGAUGCUUGUUGAUGUGGACAAAGGCAUCGAUAUUCAGUGAGUUCAUAUCGUAUUCUGAUACCAUCAACGUUGCCGACCGGACGUUCGUCGACAGUUUUGAAGGAGGAGAGUUGUUAAAUAACCAGUAUUUUGAUCGGUUGCAGUGA